AUGGAAGCAGAGGCUGGCAAGAAUGCAAAGCAAGGCACUGGGAAGGCGGCCAACAAAGCCAUUCGAGUUGCCUUGGUCAUAUUUAUCACUGGAACUGCUGCGCUUGGGACCCUUCUUUUCUUGGUUAGCCAAGGUUUUUUAAAUCUUCAAGCUAAACAGAAAUAUUGCUUGACACCAGAAUGCAUUGAAGUUGCGGCUGCCAUCUUGAGCAAAAUAAAUCAGUCUGUGGAUCCUUGUGAAAACUUUUUCCAGUUUGCCUGUGAUGGCUGGAUAAAUGAUAAUCCAAUUCCAGAAGAUAUGCCAAGCUAUGGAAUCUAUCCUUGGCUAAGACGCAACGUUGACCUUAAACUAAAGGCACUUCUGGAGAAAUCAAUAAGCAGAAGAAGGGACACUGAAGCCAUACAGAAGGCCAAAAUUCUUUAUGCAUCUUGCAUGAAUGAGAAGGCGAUAGAGAAAGCUGAUGCUAAGCCACUGUUACACAUAUUGAGACACUCCCCUUUCCGCUGGCCUGUGUUAGAAUCUAACAUUGGUCCAGAAGGCAUGUGGUCGGAAAGGAAGUUCAGUCUCCUUCAGACCCUUGUGGUGUUCCGUGGACAAUACAGUAACUCUGUGUUCAUCCGUUUGUAUGUUUCACCUGAUGACAGAGAAUCCAACAAACACAUAUUAAAGCUAGACCAAGCAACUCUCUCCUUAGCAGUGAGGGAAGAUUACCUUGAUAACAGCACAGAAGCUAAAGCUUACCGAGAUGCCCUUUACAGGUUCAUGGUGGAUACCGCAGUGCUUUUGGGUGCUAAUGUCUCUCGAGCUGAGCAUGACAUGAAAUCAGUGCUCAGGCUGGAAAUUAAAAUAGCUGAGGUAAUGAUCCCACAUGAAAAUCGAACCAGUGAAGCUAUGUACAAUAAAAUGAAUAUUUCUGAACUGAGUGCCAUGAUACCACAGUUUGACUGGCUCAGUUAUAUUCAAAAGGUCAUAGAUACGAAACUCUACCCUGACCUCAAGGACAUAGGCCCAUCAGAAAAUGUGGUGGUCCGAGUACCACAGUACUUUAAAGAUCUAUUCAGGAUACUAGGAUCCGAGAGGAAAAAGACCAUUGCCAACUAUUUGGUGUGGAGAAUGGUUUAUUCAAGAAUUUUAAACCUUAGCAGACGUUUUCAAUACAGGUGGCUUGAAUUCUCUCGGGUAAUCCAAGGGACUACAAUUUUGUUACCUCAGUGGGACAAAUGUGUAAAUUUCAUUGAAAGUGCCCUUCCUUAUGUUGCUGGAAAAAUGUUUGUGGAUGUUCACUUCCAAGAAGAUAAGAAGGAAAUGAUGGAGGAACUGAUUGAGGGAGUUCGCUGGGCCUUCAUUGACAUGCUGGACAAGGAAAAUGAGUGGAUGGAUGCAGGGACAAAGAGGAGAGCCAGAGAAAAGGCAAGAGCUGUUCUGGCAAAAGUUGGCUACCCCAAGUUUGUAAUGAAUGAUACUUAUGUUAAUGAAGACCUCAAAGCAAUGAAAUUUUCAGAAAGUGAUUAUUUCGGCAAUGUCCUGCAAACUCGCAAGUAUUUAGCACAAUCUGAUUUCUUCUGGCUAAGAAAAGAAGUUCCAAAAACAGAGUGGUUCACCAAUCCAACCACAGUCAAUGCCUUUUAUAGUGCAUCUACCAACCAGAUUAGGUUUCCAGCUGGGGAACUCCAAAAGCCUUUCUUCUGGGGAACAGCAUAUCCACGGUCUCUGAGUUAUGGUGCUAUAGGAGUCAUUGUUGGCCAUGAGUUUACCCAUGGAUUUGAUAAUAAUGGCAAAAAAUAUGAUAAGAAUGGAAACCUUGAUCCUUGGUGGUCUACUGACUCUGAAGAGAAGUUUAAAGAGAAAACAAAAUGUAUGGUUAAUCAGUAUAGCAGCUAUUAUUGGAAGAAAGCUGGAUUGAAUGUGAAAGGGAAGAGGACAUUGGGAGAAAAUAUUGCAGAUAAUGGAGGUUUGCGAGAAGCUUUUAGGGCCUAUAGGAAAUGGAUAAAUGAUAAGAGGCAAGGAGUGGAAGAAGAUCUCCUACCAGGCAUUAAAUUCACCAACAAUCAGCUCUUCUUUCUGAGUUAUGCUCAUGUGAGGUGCAACUCCUAUCGACCAGAAGCUGCGAGAGAACAAAUCCAGAUUGGUGCUCAUAGCCCUCCACAGUUUAGAGUUAAUGGUGCAGUAAGUAACUUUGAGGAAUUCCAGAAAGCUUUUAACUGUCCAGUCAAUUCAACAAUGAACAGAGGUACAGAGUCCUGCCGGCUUUGGUAG